AUGGCGACACUUAUACGCCACCAACAUCAUCCAUUCCACAGUGGGAUAGACCCAACGUUGUUACUCAUGCCCGACAAGAAACCAAACAAGGAUACGUCACCAGCCUUCUUCAAAGGGGAUUUCUCCUUUGUCAACAAGGAUGCCAACAACAUUGACUCGAAGGAUCAUAAUGCCGCUGUAUCGUGGCAUGUGAUGAACCGUUAUGAACGCUUCAAGAAACAGGAACAAGCUCGGAAGUUGCGUGCGUCUGCGAAUGUCCCAACCAGUUCAAGGAGCCCAAAUCCCCGACGGCGUGCAAGCACAUCGACUUCACGGUCACGACAGUCACUCGCAGCUGGCGACCGCUCUAACACUGAUAUUCCACUCGACUUCAGCACCGACACUCAAGGCGUCGAGGCCUUCGGAUCAGACCAUCCCGGGUCAGGCAUCGGGUGCCACAUCCUUGCCAAUCUCGAAUGCACCAUCACCACUGAGUCACAGUCCUUCAGUGCUUCCAAGCCCCAACUUGACAGGACCUUCUCAGCAUUUGAUGCGACACAACAUGACAUUCCUGAGCCGGCGGAUGUCAGUACGAUCCUGUCGUUCGCCUACGAGACAUAUCUGCCCAACAUGUGGCCAACAGAGCCCGGCAACGUACAGAGCUCACAUGAAAUCUCCCGUAGCUGGGAAGACAUCGCUGCCAUCUCUUCAGACGACUGCUAUGACGCUUCUUUCUUGGCUCUGCUUCUCACAGUCAUGUCCGAGACCAAUACAGACACUCGACUCAAAUAUCAGUCAAGGCUCUAUCAGUCUCAGGCGAUGGGUCAACUCCGACAACGACUCUCAGCCGGGGGAUCGCAAGAUCUGCUUACCAUGAAGGCAAUCUUGGCACUCUUCUCCAGUGAGACGUGCACUGACAGCACUUCAACAGCCCGAGUACAUCUAAAGUCGCUGAAGAAUCUCGUAAUGGCUAGUGGAGGCGUCAUUCUGCUGGACUCCUGGUUUCGUGAGGAUUUACUUUCAGCAGACUGCUACUUUGCGCUCAAGUUCAACACACGACCGCUCUUUCCUGCCAGCGACUGGACGCCGGGUCCUCUGAGUCAACCAUGGAAGGCACGACUGGUCUCAGCAGGCAUUUUCGGCGAUCAUGCAGCAGGUGUGGACAAGCGAGUGGAGCAUCCAAUCCUCAAGACAACAAUCAUGGAUCUCAGAGAGCUAUUCAGGGCGCAAGAGUACAUUCUUACGCAUGAAGUGCCACCCGAAGAUCAAUUAUUACGCUGGCGUCAAUUGAGGCGCUUCGAUUGCAUUUCCAGACUUGCAGAUCAUUGCACCAGUCUGGCAAUCUACGGCCAUCUGUACGACCUGCCGAAGACACAGACCAUGAUCACGCUUGCAGUGGUGCUUUUGGUCAACAUGAUCAUGGGAUCAGUAUUGGAAUACGAGACCGAUGAGAAGGAGGUCUCAGGUCUGGCGGAGGACAGCGACGGUACUGACGAUGACAAAGUCCUGAUGUGGGCGCUGUACAUUGGCUCACUGGCCGAACGGGUGCACCCACAGACAGAAGAUAUGAAGGAGUGGUUUAACAUUAGGAUGAAACAAGCAGUACAACGAUUGCGCCUGAAUGGCUGGGAGGACAUCAAGAAGAUAUUGCGACAUCUGCUAUUCUCAAUGAGGCUGCACGAGGAGAUUGUCAGCGGCAGGGUGCGCCGGGAGAAGGAUUUCUGCACGGGGAUCUAUUCGAUUUGUGGCACGAGUUGGCGCCGGCCGUUGAUGUUGGAGCGCAGGGGUGAGAGCUCGUCUGCUGGUGGUAGUGCUGGGGAGCCAAGCACAACGGUAUGA